UGUCCAAGGACAUGGGAUGCUGAAUACCGCUUACCCGCGCUAUUCGGACGCUUUGGAACGAUGGUAUCUAAUGAAGAAGUUCUGAAUGCUCUAAAGAUUCUCCAGAAGUAUAACCUUAAGGAAGCCGAAUUAGCAUUGAAACAGGAGGCGGGGUUUAUAGAUGAAAAAGUCGCGGAAGAGUUCUUGAAAUUUAAAGCUCAAGUGAAAGAUGAACCAGAAAACUUUUGUUCCAACUAUCAGUCUGUGCUCACGUUCAUUGAUUCAGUGCCUGACAUACAUAAGGUAUACACAAGUAAAAAGCUGCGCAUAUAUGUUAUCUUAGGUGGAGUUGUCAGUUUUACUUUUUCCAAUUUUUGUAUAUAUGUAUCUGCGUCUCAUAAGUGCAAACAUUUUUGUAGAAGCCAAGAAGUUUUUAAACAUGUUCAGGAAGUAUCAAGAAGAUUUCUACCAAUCUGAUAUUAAUAUGUUAUCUAACAUCACUAGCUCAGAACAUUUGUUUAUGAACCCGCUAGUUGAGUCAUUUCGAUCUUCGGAGUUCGUCGUUAGCGUUUCUGCUGAGUCAUACUCUCUACUGCGCCAUUUUCUUCAAGAAAAAGAAAUGAAUGUUAUUCAAAGCAUCCUCAGAGAACAACUCUCAGUUGAAACCAUUAAUGGUCCUCCUAGGUCAAAAUUGCAGAUUGAUUGCCGUCGUGGUGCUUUGUUCGGAGAGGCUCGUUGUGAUGCGAAUAAAGAACCUGUUUUAUAUGGUCUGUUAAGGGAUCCUUCACUAGAUCUUCCAGUGGAGAUGGACACAGGAAAUGACUUAAAUGAUAAUGAAGGUGGUCUUGUUGAUAAUGAAGAAGGCGAUGACCAGAAUGUCGUGAAAAAGAAAAAGCGACGUGACGGUUCUGGACAUUCGAGUAGAUCGUCUUUGUUGAAGGAUGGGAGCAAGUCUGAUUCAAAUUCUCCAGCCCUUGAUCGGAUCCCAAUUCCGAAGCUUCGUGAAUCCUACAUUGAAAGUAAACAAGCUCUUUCACGAGAAAUAUCAACUCUAUUACGUAGUUAUCACCAACGAAAUCCACAAAAAUCUUCAAUUGGUACAAGUACAGUCCUUUAUACUAUUUGUAAUGCACAAGCUGGUGAAUCGACGCUAGCUAUUCGACGGGGUGGUGUAACAUGUUGUAGUUUUAGUGACGAUUCAUCACAACUAGCAGCAGGCUUUGGGUCGGGUCGCAUUCGUGUAUGGUCUUUAGGUCCUGAAUCUUUAAGGCGUAUGCUUCCAGCUUCAGAGUUGAGUUUAUUAGAUAAAGAUGAUUCACGAGUGAAAACUAAUAUGUUGUAUGAUGAAAACGGUGAGACUCACUUAACUCGAGAUCUAUUGGGCCAUUUGGGUAGUGUUUUUGGAGUUGCAUUUAGUCCCGAUCGCCAACUAAUUGCUUCGGCGAGUUCCGAUGGUACUGUGCGAUUAUGGUCAACUUUGAUUUGGGGUGGAGCUCUAACAGCUUGGCGUGAUCAUCUUUUACCUGUUUGGUGUGUUACUUGGGCACCUACCUACGGUCAUUAUAUAGCAACAGGAGGUGCUGAUCGUAGUGCUCAUUUAUAUGCUACUGAUCAUGCACCAGAUGCUUUACGUGUUUUCGUUGGACAUAAAGCGGACGUGACAUCCGUCUGUUUGCAUCCAAAUGUUAAUUAUCUUGCAACUGGCAGUGCUGAUCGAACUGUUCGAUUAUUUGAUGUUCGUUCUGGAAAAAUGACAAGAGUGUACACAGGUCAUAAGGGUUCUGUACAGAGUCUAGCAUUUUCACCCUGUGGACGUUAUUUAGCCAGUGGUGGUUGGUGUGGCACUACAUGUCUUUGGGACUUGGGAUCUGGUCUUCAAGUUGGUCAGUUGGGAGGCUAUUCAGCAUCUCGAGCUUCUGCUAAUACAUCAAGCAAUGAGUUCGACUCUCAAGAUUCAAGUCAAUGGUUAACUGGUCCAGUUGUAUCUCUCGCUUUCUGUCCAGGUAAUUCAGGGCGUCUUGCUGCAGGUGGUCUCGAGGGUGCAUUGCGAAUAUGGAAUACAGUUAAUGGUUGGUCAACUGCUACUAGCACCUCAUCUGGCAGUAAUCCUGACGAUAAAAGUUCGAAGACUAACCUUUUGGCACUGCAUCGAUUUACUAAACAGCAGUUAGUACGUCAAACAGGCAAAAGUAUUAAAGGAAGUGGAUCUAGUGGGCAAAAUAUGUUAGGCUAUUAUUCUCCAGCAACCGGUCCUGAUGUUUCUGAUGCCUGUGCCAAUGAGGUGUUCUACACUAGACGUACUUCAAUUCUUGGAUUACACUAUGUUCAUCCGUAUCUCCUUUUGGCUGCUGGACCAUAUAAUCAAACUUGAUUUUUAUAAUUAAUAUCAUUCUUUGUACAGUUA